CUAUAACAAACGAAACAGAAUUUCAAAUUUCAAAUUCAAAUAAUACGAGAGAGAGAGAGAGCAGAUAAUCGCCAGAGCUAUUGAUUUCGCUUCAUCGUCUCUCACACUCUCUAAGUUUCGUCUGCAAUGUCGUCUACCAGAAGAGGCACUAAGAGAACUCGGCCAGAGCCGCCGCAAUCGCUCAAGAAGCCAUCACCGAAAGCAAAACUCCCGGACGAAUUGGAUGUCGAUGUUUCUAGCGAUCUCAAAGGAAUCAUGUCGGCGUUGCAUCAAUUCAGAGAGAAAGCGCACGAAGAUGGCCGGAAGAAGAAGGAAGAGAGCAUUUCCAGUGUCUCCACUGAGGUGAAGUCAAAGAUUGACGAGCUGAAGUCAAAACUUGAGAAAGAAAGACAAAACUUUGCCAAAGCACUUUCAAAGAGUUCAAAGGAGUGUGAGAAUAUCUUGAAGGAUGAAGCUGCCAAGUUUGAGGAGCUUCAGAAAAAAUUCGUGAAAGACAAAGCUGAUCAUCUACAGGGUUUGAAAGACACUAUUUCAAAGUUUGAGGAGGACAAGGAGAGGCUCUACAUGCGAUAUGAGCAGCUAAGGAAGAAGGAGAAGACAAUGAUAACAGAACAGGAGAAGUUCUGCGCUGAAAAGCUUGCUCAAUUGGAAGAGUCACUGAAGAAAAAGAAACGGGGUGACAAAACUUUCAGCAUACUGAGGAAAACUCUCGGCUCUUUUCUGGAGAACGAAGCUUCUGAUGAAGAAUUCCCACCUGAUGAGUGAAAGAUUAACGUCUCUUCACUUUGACGUUAGAAAGGUAAAAAAAACCCUUUUACUUUGAAUAGCCACCCAGACGUUUCUCUAAGUUUACUUUCCCAGCAGAAAACACUCUUAUCUCAAGUAGUGUUUCAAGGCUUUGAAUAUUAUGAAUAUGAACCUUAUUUUCUUUUAUGUUUGGUUUGUAAUGAAAUAAUAAUUACAUU